GCUGGUGUUGUAGCCUCCAGCGUUACAAUAUUUUUCUCUCACAUCGCUCCAGCUCCAGCCUCCAGCCACCAGCCAGGUAACAGUGUUUUUCUCUCAGACCACUGCAGCUCCAGCCUCCAGCUCCAACCUGUCGAACGCAGUAAUAAUUCUCCUGAGAACUGAGCUAGUGAGGAUUGGGAUAGCCUUCCUUUUUUAUACAUGCCAAAUGCAUACCGUAGCGAGCAGAUGCUCCCGCUGUGGCGACGGCUGCGGCCACAGCUCGAUGGCUUGCCGCGUCGCCGCCACCGCAGGCCAGAGAAGAGGUGAGGCCGCCACCAUGCGCUGCGGCGGAGGCGCCGCCGCUGGGCUGAGGCUCUUCGGGGUGCAGCUCGGUGCCGCGGCAGGUGGCGCCGCUUCGCCGGCGCUGCAGCUGCACAAGAGCUACAGCGUGGACUGCCUGAACCUGCAGGGUUCUGCUCCUGCCUAUGCUGCUCGCGUCACGGCUCCUCUGCUUCUGUCGCCGUCGCCGUCGACGGCUUUGCUCCUGUCGAUCGACGAGUGCUCGACGGAGAGGGCCACCGACGGCGGCGGCUACCUCUCCGACGACGGCGCUCGCGGCGGCACGGCGUUGCGGGAGAGGAAGAAGGGCGUUCCGUGGAGCGAGGAGGAGCACAGGCUGUUCUUGGAGGGGCUGGAGAAGCUCGGCAGGGGCGACUGGCGAGGCAUCUCCCGGGGCUUCGUCACCACGCGGACGCCCACGCAGGUCGCCAGCCACGCGCAGAAGUUCUUCCUCAGGCAGAACAGCGCGGGGAAGAACAGCAACGCAAAGCGCCGGUCCAGCCUCUUCGACCUGGUUCAGAAUUGUGAGGGUGGACUCGUCUCCGAUCCUUCGGACGGCAAGGCCGCCGCAACCUCGGAAUCUCUGUAUCCGAAGGCAUUGUGCGAUGUGUACCGGAAGGAGUCGACGGCCAUCCAUGCGAGGAUGACAAGGCCUUCGUCAGAGAGCGCACCAGUUUCAGAGAAAGUUACAGUGGCGACAGAGCAAGCUCACGGGUACCACUGCUCUCCGUUAAACCUGGAGCUCGGCAUGUCCCUGACGACGCCGUCCAUCGGAACCUAGCAGUCUCAUGAACAAGACAAGUUCAGCGAAAAGCUGAAGCUCGUAGCUGCCCCCCACAGCCAUGAAGAUGGUUGUAAACGAAGCUUGUAAUCCAGCCGCCUUAUCCAGAUAAUUACAGGAAUCAGAGUAUUGUUUCCCUGAAAACAGCAGCAGUAAACCUGCUACUUUCCCAAGAAAAUGAUGUUCACUAGAGUACAGCACGUCUGCACUAGCUUAUCUGCACUUGGGCUGCUGCAAUGAAGCAGAAAACUACUCUUCACCUGAA